CACCUGGGGCUGGUCAGCCCCACGGACGCCUCCUCAGCCUCCAGGGGCCUUCACUCCGACGCGGGCUUCGAGGCCCAAACCAAGUGUCCGACAGACGUCAACUCGGGCAGUUGGCCAGCCGGGGAGUCCGCCGAGUCCUGCCGGUUCUCGAGACAGGUGACUUGCAGCAUCAAGAAGGUGCAGAUCAACAGGAAUCCGGGCCUGCCCGCUGUGCUGCUGACCAGGAGGAUGGACAUCUCCCUAAAUGCCACCCUUCAGUACGACUGCCCGGUGGCUCACGCCGCUCAGUCUAACUGGAAGGUCUUCUCUGUGCCCUCUCUCCGCCACCAGCCGGACUGGACGAAACCUCUGGUGGUGCCCGGCUUCCAGUUAGGGAACGAUCCAACAGUCAUGCACAUCCCCAAGAAAACGUUAUCUUUGGGGGUGUACGUGUUCAAUUUCUCAGUGAUCCUGGUCCCCUCCUGGCCACAAGCGGCGGUGGACAAAGGCUCAGAUAGCAUCUACGUCUCGAUCCUUAGUGACUUGCUGCAGGCGGUUCUUCUUGGGGAGGUCAACAAGACAAUUAAGUUCACAGACCAGCUGGUUCUGGACGGAUCAACGUCCAUGGACCCAGAUGUAGACGACCCUUUAGAGGGAGUCCAGUUCUCCUGGUUCUGCACCACAAAUUCCAAGAACUACAACGGAGACAAAAUAAACGUGAUAAGCAAGGAAGUUUGCCUCCCAAAGCAGGUGGAUCUCAAGCUGACCUGGGCCUCUGACCCUGUACUGACAAUUUCCCCAGAAACACUUAGAGGGGGCCACGUGUAUUUUUUCAGAAUGGUGAUACAGAAGGCUCCCAGAUCCGCAUAUUCUGAUAAAAGGGUCCACGUGCUCCAAGCACCGGCACCGAAAGCAAGUAUUUCGUGUAUCGAAAACUGUGGCAGGAUCUUGGUUCUAUCAGAUCGGUUCUCUCUGUCUCUGAAUUGCCCCGAUUGUGCCAGAAGCCGGGAAGUGUACAAGUGGUCCAUCCUGCGGGCUUCAGGGGAUGAGGUGGCAUUUGAUUGGUUGGGGCAAACUUCAACGGGGAGGGACAGCGAUUCUUUGUCUAUAAAGGCUUUUGCUUUUAGGAAUUUUUCUGAAGCUCAGUUCUGGAUUGCUUUAGAUCUAGAAACUUGGGGUGGAGUGAACUUGAACCUCAGGCAUUCCUUUACUGUUAACUAUGCCCCUGCCAUUGGAGAUUGCAAAAUUAACCCAACUAGUGGGAUUGCCUUUUUUACUAAGUUUGUUGUCCAGUGUAAUAAUUUUAAGGAUCAGAACAUCCCUCUGACAUAUAAAAUGAUCGUGUCUGAUUUGUACGAUGGCUUUGGCGAAAUCAGUUCUUUAACAGAGAACACCUUGGGGCCCAUCCUGUAUGUGGGCAAUGAUCCCAAAUGCCCCCCUUCCUUUCUCCCUGUCGGUGGGGGGGACAGUCAUUACUCCUUGAAGGUCUUAGUCCAGGUGUAUGACGCUCUGAAAGCUUUUUCUCAGGUGACUUUUUACGCCACUGUACAAGCUCCCACGGCCCAAGCCUCCCCCCAGGCCAUACUGACUCAGUUAGUCAAUUUCACCUCGGGUCAAAAUUCAGAGAUCUCUACUUUGCUUCAAAAGCAGGAGUUUUUGUUCGCUGGUUACUUAGUGUACGUAGUGGCCUCCGUUCUGAACAGCAUGAAACCCGAACCAGCCCUGCAGGCGGACAAAGCCUGGCUCCAGGAACACCUGGUCAACCAGUCUUCCCUCCUCCCCAUGAACACCCUGAUGGAAAUUAACCAGGUGGUCACGGUGUUUGCCAAAUUAACCCAGAGAACGUCUGAAUUUCCUCAGCUUGCUCGGCAAUCUGCCACAGAGAGGAUUUGGCAAGCAAAUCAAGCCUUCCAGCAGCAUCAGCAGAAAGGCAAAAACUUGCACUCUGAGCAGAUAGAGACCAUGAGCACCGGGAUCUUAACAAGCGUGUCGAACAUCCUUAAAAUGACUGAUCCUCACAUAAUUUUUGUCGACCCUUUCCGGCUCAUACAGUCUCUAGCAGACACGAUCCUGGCCGGCAAAGUGCCGGAUUAUGAGAGCACCGUGAUGAGCUCCGCCAGCUUUACCAUGUACGCCAGCAAGCUGGAAAAGGGGGCUGUUUCCAACAACAUCUUGGGCAACAAAAGACACUGUCGAAAUUGUUUCCAACCAGCACUAAAUGUGAGCAGCAUUCCUCGUCUGUCUGCCAAUGCUCCUGUUUCUGUGGUGUUUUGUGAGUUUGCAGACGACCCCUUCCCUUGGUUAAAUUACCAGGACAGCCUUGCGGCAGAUGUGGUUGGAUUCAGAUUGACGGGAAUCGCGGCCAACGGUGACAAGCUGGAGCUCACCCCCGAUGUAGUGGACGUGUACAUCAGCAGGAGGAACCUGAGCUCUGCAGCUUUCAACCUCACCGUGGGCCCUGACCACGAGCCUGAUAACGCUGACGCGUCCUCCAGGAUGACGACGGGGGCGUUCCGCUUCGAAGUGGACAGCCGUGCGGUGCGGGAGCUGCUGGUUCACAUCGUGACGGAGGUGACCGUGCAGUUCACUGUGCUGGUGUACGCCGGCGGGCAGAUCACCCCCUCCGCCUUGGUCGCCACCUUCCUUGUGCCCCACGGUAUCCCUCCCAUUGCCAACCAGAGUGGCCUGUUCGACCCGGCCUGUGCAGUGAGCGUGCCCCGCCUGGUUUGCCUCCCGCUGUCCCUGCUACAGGUCAUAGCUCAGCGGGGCCACUCGCCUGAGUGUGUCAUAAUCAUGGUUCUGAAGGCACCUCAUUUUGUCAUGCAGCCCAGUGACAAGCUGGUGAGGAUUUCUCUUUUCAGUGUCCACUGCCUGGACAUGUAUGGGGUCCAGAGCGACUGGACAGAAGACACCUGUGUCCUCGGGGAGAAGACCACCUGGGACCGAGUGCACUGUGUCUGCAGGAAGGCCAGGCGGGCCCGGCGGCAGCUGGCCAACAUUCCCUUGCACUUCCGCUACUUGACAGCCAAGGUGAUCGUGCCCCCUAACCCUGUGGAUCUACGGUUAGAGGUCAUCAAGAAUGUCACCCAGAACCCCGUGACACUCUUUGUCGUCCUUUUCAUUCUGGUCACGUACAUCGUCCUAGCUUUCUGGGCCUUGCACAGAGACGAAACAGACCAGUACCUUCGGGACCACGCCAUGGUCCUCCCUGAUAACGACCCUUACGAUAACAUCUGUUACCUCGUCACUGUUUUCACAGGAAGCCGUUGUGGGUCCGGCACCAGGGCCAAUGUUUUUGUCCAACUUACGGGGACACAGAACACCAGCGAUGUGCAUUGUUUAAGUCACCCACAUUUUAAAACUCUCUACCGGGGAAGCGUCCACACUUUCCUCCUAACGACCAGCAGGGACUUGGGGGACAUUCAGUCUAUCCGAGUGUGGCACAACAACGAGGGCCAUGCCCCCGGCUGGUACUUAAGUCGAAUCAAAGUGGAGAACCUGUUCAGCAGGCACAUCUGGCUGUUCAUGUGUCGCGAGUGGCUUUCUAUCGAGACCUCUUUGGACAGAACGUUUCCCGUCACCGACCCCAAUACGCCACUGCAGAGAAUGGACUUCUUGCUCAUCGAUGCGACGGACAACCUGGGGAAGAAUCACCUGUGGUUCUCCGUGUUUGCCGGCGUCAUUUCCCGCGGCUUCAAUCGACUGCAGCGGCUGUCCUGCUGCCUGGCCAUGCUGCUGUCCACCCUCCUGUGCAACAUCAUGUUCUUCAACCUGGACACGGAGAAGCAAGACAAACAAGACCAAGGGAACCGAUAUGUCAGAUCGAUGAUCAUCGGCUUGGAGAGCGUCAUGAUCACCCUCCCGGUGCAGGUCAUAAUCACGGGGCUGUUCACCUACUCCCAGCGGAGACCGCAGGUGACCCUGGACCAGGUGACGCCUCAGGAGUACCCCGAGGUGGCAGAGGCGAGCGGCCACUGGGAGGAGCGGCUGGAGAGGUGGCACGCCCAGGAGACGGCUGCAGAGGCGCGCUCCCAAGAGGCGCGCUCCCAAGAGGUGCAUGCCGAGGAGGCACGUGCCCAGGAAAUGGCCGCAGAGGCACGCUCCCAAGAGGCGGAUGCCCAGGAGGCGCGUGCCCAGGAGAUGGCCGCAGAGGCACGCUUCCAAGAGGCGGAUACCCAGGAGAUGGCCGCAGAGGCGCGCUCCGAAGAGGCAAGCUCCAAAGAGGCAAGCUCCGAAGAGGCGGAUGCCCAGGAGGCGGAUGCCCAGGAGAUGGACGCAGAGGCGCACUCCCAAGAGGCACACUCCGAAGAGGCAAGCUCUGAAGAGGCACAUGCCCAGGAGGCAGGCUCCCAAGAGGCACGUGCCCAGGAGGCGCGCUCCCAGAGGGCGCGCUCCCAGAAGGCGCGCUCCCAGAGGGCGCGCUCCCAGAAGGCGCGUGCCCAGGAGACGGCCACAGAGGCGCGCUCCCAGAAGUCACGCUCCCAGAAGUCGCGCUCCCAGAAGUCACGCUCCCAGAAGUCGCGCUCCCAGAAGUCACGCUCCCAGAAGUCGCGCUCCCAGAAGUCACGCUCCCAGAAGUCGCGCUCCCAGAAGUCACGCUCCCAGAAGUCGCGCUCCCCCCAGGAGACGGCCACAGAGGCGCGCUCCCAGAAGUCACGCUCCCAGAAGUCGCGCUCCCAGAAGUCACGCUCCCAGAAGGCACGCUCCCAGAAGGCGCGCUCCCAAGAGGCGCGUGCCCAGGAGACGGCCGCAGAGGCGCGCUCCCAAGAGCCACGUGCGCAGGAGGCACGCUCCCAGAAGGCGAGCGCCCGCAAGGCCCAGCAGUCCCUCACCAGGAAGCUCACGGGACGCCAUAAGUCUCUUUCCAAGAGGACGUCCAAAGCAGGGCACUCACUUAGGAAAAAAGACAGCAAGGGCCCACACCCCCCCGGCACCAACACCAACGCCAAUGCCAACAACGAAAACAUGAACAACAGUUCCCAAGUGCCCUCCGCACAGCCGCCACCCCCGCCCCAAGACCAAGAACCACGCGAUCCAUUUGUACCCCUGUCCCCGCCCACGAAGCCCAGGACCACCCUGUCUGGGUGGUGGAAGUGGAUCGCGUGGUUCUUGGUCUUCGCCACUUCGGGGGUGUCCUCGUUCUUCAUUGUGUUUUACGGCCUGACCUACGGCUAUGAGAAGUCGAUUGAGUGGCUCUUUGCAUCGCUCUCUUCCUUCUUCGAGUCCGUUUUCCUGGUGCAGCCAUCGAAAAUUAUCCUCUUCACAGGCAUGCGAACCAACAGGCUCAAGUACUGCAAAAACCUCUCCUGGGUCAGCAACUUUCGCUACACCGAGAUCCAGCUGCAGGACCUCAGGCUGCGCCCCGAGGAGAUGCACCAGCGGCACCAGGACCUCACCCGCCUCCGAGGCAGCAGCAUGUACCAGCCUCUCACGCAAGACGAAGUCGGGAUAUUCAGAAGGAAGAGGGCGCUCAAGAGGCGAGCUCUGCUGUUCCUGGGUCACUUCCUCACUCACUGCAUCUUUCUAGCCCUUCUGCUGGGCCUCGUCGCCCUCCUCCGCCGCACGGACAGCUUCCGCUACAACCAGUUCAUCCGCAGCCGCUUCUCUGUGGAUCUUGCUACGGUCACCAAGCUGGAUGACAUCUACCCGUGGCUCCACAGCACGCUGCUGCCUUUGUUCCACAACGACCUCCACCCAACGUUUCUUCCCCACAGCUCCUCCAGCAUCCUCGGCCUCCCACUGCUGAGGCAGGUGAGGGCCACGCCUGGCCCCAAGGCCUGUCGGCCGGCCAAGCGCUUUCCGCCCAACAGCAUCAAAGGAGAGAUUCGCUGCCAUCCCGAGUACGGGGCCGACCCAGAGGACACCAGCGACCACCCCAGCUUCUGGAAGAAAGUUGCUAAGCGGGAGGCAGACAAGAACACCAACGGGUUUACCUAUAAGCCUCCGGAGGAGAGGUGGGUGUACUACUCCUACGGACUUCUCCACACCUACGGGUCGGGGGGGUAUGUUUUCUAUUUCUUCCCAGACCAGCAGCAGUUUAAUUCCACGCUGAGGCUCAGGGACCUCCAGAGCGGCCGCUGGCUGGACGAGAAGACGUGGGCUGUGAUCCUGGAGCUGACCACGCUGAACGCGGACGCGGGGCUGCUCGGCAGCACUUCCAUCCUGUUCGAGGUCUCUCAGUUAGGGGUCGUGAACGCGAGCAUAUCCGUGCACUCCUUCUCACUGGCGGAUCUGAACAGAGACACGUCGGCAGAGGUCUACCUGUACGUGGCCAUUCUCGUGUUUUUCGUGGCCUACGUGGUGUACGAGGGCUACGUCAUCACGCAGAAGGGGGCCUCCUACCUGGCCAAUGCGAACAACUUGUUCAACUUGGCACUCAAGUGCACCCUUGCCGUGCUGAUUGUGCUGUUUCUCAGGAAAUACUUCUUGGCCACGGGCAUCAUUCAGUUCUACUCAUCGAACCCUGUGGAUUUCAUUCCCUUUCACGCCGUUGCGCAAGUGGACCGCACCCUGGGGGUCGUUUUGGGCCUCCUGCUGUUUCUGACCAUUCUGAAGACCCUCAGGUAUUUCAGGUUCUUUUACCACGUGCGCCUGGCUGAGAGGGUCCUCCAGACCGCCCUGCCUGGCAUCUGCCACGUGGCGCUCCUGGUGUUCGUGUAUUUCUUUCUGUUCGUGGCUUUUGGCCACCUGGUGUUCGGUCAGCAUGAGUGGGGCUACAGCACCUUGAUCCGCGCCACGCAGACAGUCUUCUCCUACUGCACGGCAGCCCUCCGGAACGCGGAGUUUUCCAGCAACAGGGCCCUCGGGGUCCUGCUCCUCGCGGCGUUUGUGCUGCUGCUGAUCUGCGUAUUGAUCCACUUGUUUACGGCUGUGAUCCUCUCUGCCUACAAGGCCCUGAGGCAGCCCGUGUAUGAGGAACCUUCGGGCGAAGCGGAAGCCAUCGCCUACCUGUGCGGCAAGCUCAGGACGGUGUUUGGCUUCCUGUGCUGCCAACCCAAGGCCCAAGAGCAGCGGGAGCUCUUCGUGGACAUGCUCUACGGGAAGCCGGAGAGGCACAGCAGCCACUACCUGGGGCUGAAGACCAGGAACAUCAACGAGAAGAAGAUGGUGUACCUGGUGGUGUGACCGGGACAGUUUUCGGGCUGCAGGCAAGGCUCUCCCGCCUGAUGUUCAGUUUAGGGGCUCCGUCAUGCUGUCUGCCUGUGUCCUGCACAACGCACACCCCCACAUUUGCUAGGGUUCCCACUCUCAGUCGCCACUUUUAGGAACGUGACAGGAAGGAGUAUAGCACACACCCGGGGCGGGGGGUGGUGGCGCCAGACAUCCUGGGAUGAGCUCCCUGUAGGGGCACUGAGGGUCUUUGGAGCCCGUAGCAGUUUAGAGGGUUAGAGACCCAGGUUUGGGGGAGGGAGCUAAAGAUCUCCCCCACCCCCCACACACACCUCGCUGGGAGUUCUUUUCACAGAUCAGAGCUUCCUGACCCUUGUCCCCUGCAGCCCCCACAUUCCAGCUGGGCCAGGGCCGGAGGGGCCUGUGGGGAGUUCUGGAUGCGCCCUGAGUUUGCCAUGCAGGGAUGAGGAGG